AUGGCUCAGGCGAAGGACUUUAAUAAAAAGAGUCGAAAGCCAGUUGUCGAAAAUGCUCGAACUCUCAAACGAAAGCGAAAUGAAACGGAAUUAACGACAAUUGUGCAGCGAGUCGAAGAGCUUGAUCCGAAAGUCCGACUUGAGUCUUUCUCUGACUUGCCUCUGUCGGAUCCCACAGCCUCUGGUCUGGCUGCAUCUCACUUCAAGUCCUUGACUGAUAUCCAAUCUCGAUCCAUCCCCUAUGCACUGAAGGGGAAAGAUAUACUGGGCGCCGCGAAAACCGGGAGCGGCAAGACAUUGGCAUUUUUGGUCCCCAUUCUGGAAAAUCUGUACCGCAAGAGCUGGACGGAAUAUGACGGUCUUGGAGCGAUUAUUUUGUCUCCUACUCGCGAGCUUGCGAUUCAGAUCUUCGAGGUCUUACGGAAAGUUGGUCGGUACCAUACGUUUUCUGCAGGAUUGGUCAUUGGCGGAAAGAGUCUGAAGGAGGAACAAGAGCGUCUUGGAAGGAUGAAUAUUCUUGUUUGCACGCCUGGGCGAAUGCUUCAACACUUGGAUCAAACAGCGGAUCUCGACGUGUACAAUCUGCAGAUGCUAGUCCUUGAUGAAGCGGACCGAAUCAUGGACAUGGGGUUUCAACACACCGUUGAUGCGAUUGUCGAUCAUUUGCCCAAGACACGACAGACUUUGCUCUUCAGUGCGACUCAAACAAAGAAGGUUUCUGAUCUUGCACGGUUGAGUCUUCAGGACCCUGAAUACGUUGCAGUACAUGAGGCUGCCACCAGCGCAACUCCGGCUACACUUCAGCAACACUAUAUAAUAACGCCACUACCAGAGAAAUUAGACACUCUCUUCAGUUUCAUCAGGAGUAACCUCAAAGCUAAGACAAUUGUCUUCAUGUCUUCUGGAAAACAAGUCAGGUUCGUAUACGAGUCACUACGACAUCUUCAGCCGGGUAUCCCGUUACUACAUCUUCAUGGUCGUCAGAAGCAAGGUGGACGACUAGACAUUACAACUAGAUUUGCUCAAGCGAAGCAUGCGGUAUUAUUCUCGACGGACGUUGCAGCACGAGGACUGGAUUUCCCAGCUGUUGACUGGGUGAUUCAGCUAGAUUGUCCAGAAGAUGCAGAUACCUAUAUUCAUCGUGUUGGAAGAACGGCUCGUUACGAACGGAAUGGUCGUGCAGUCCUUUUCCUAGAUCCGAGUGAGGAGUCUGGUAUGCUCAAGCGUCUGGAGCAGAAGAAGGUACCGAUUGAAAAGAUCAACGUAAAAGCGAGAAAACAACAAAGCGUCAAGGAUCAAUUGCAGAACAUGUGCUUUAAGGACCCGGAACUCAAGUAUCUUGGUCAGAAAGCAUUCAUUUCGUAUGUGAAAUCGAUCCAUGUGCAGAAGGAUAAGGAGAUCUUCAAGGUGAAAGAGCUGCCGCUGGACGCAUUCGCUGCCAGUUUGGGUCUUCCUGGUGCCCCGCGAAUCAAAUUUAUCAAGGGAGAGGACAGCAAACUUCAAAAGAACCAGCCUCGUGCAUUGAGGUAUCUUUCGAGCGAUGAGUCCGAUCAGGAAGAUGGCGAAAAGAAGACAAAGAAGAAAGACAACGUUCGCACGAAAUACGAUCGCAUGUUUGAACGGCGCAAUCAAGACGUCCUUGCCGACCACUACGCGAAGCUCAUCAACGACGACGGCACAAUGGUCGACCAAGGUAAUGGCAUCAAUGGCGAUGCAGACGAGGACGAGGAUUUCCUGUCUGUUAAACGACGUUUUGAGGCCGGCGACCAGGCGCUUGGCGGCGAUAAAUCCGAUGCUAGUUCCGUCUCUUCUGAACAUGAGAUCUCUGCUGCCAAGGAGGGCGAGCAGCAGCCUGGGGCAACCAGAGAAGUUAAGGUGGUUAAAAUCUCUGAUGCCGCCGAGCCGCUUAUCAUCGACUCCAAGCGCCGCGAGAAACUGCUCAAAUCUAAGAAGAAGUUGCUCAAGUACAAGGGUCUUGGCAAGAAACUUAUAUACGACGACGAAGGACAAGCGCACGAGGUCUACGAGUUGGAGGAUGAAGAGAAAUUCCGAGCUGAUGGAGACGCACAGACCCAGCGAGCCAAGUUCCUGGAAACAGAGACCGAGAGGAAUCGGGCUGCUGAUAUUGAGGACAAGGAGCGUGCGAAGGAGAAGAAAAGAGAGAAGAAAGAGAAGCGGAAGGCGAAGGAGCGUGCAAUGGCAGCGGAAGAGGACGAGGACGCAGAAGCUGGCGGUGUUGCCUAUUUGGCGCCCUAUGAGGGUGAUGAAGGUGUUGGACCCUUCAUGUCAGAUGACGACGGUGAUGAUUCGAGCAAGGGCAAGAAACAGCGGUCUCGCGAUGCCUCUUCUCCUGCCGAGGACAGGGAAGACAGCCGCAAGACCAAGCGUUCUAAGCGCUCACACAAGGCCCAGUCUGCACCUGGAGAACCUGUUGAAGUCAACACCCUGGAGGAUCUUGAGGCAUUGGCGACUGGUCUUCUGGCUUAA